GUAAAGCUCUUUCAGAACCUUGCUCUCCCAGCUUGGCUCCAGUGGCUGUCUUCUCUGAUUCCUCAAACAUUUCCAAAAUGGCCCUUUUAAUUCCAUUCUUCAUCGGGAUACUGAUGCUUCACUCGGUGGUUGCCUCUCCACCUCUUCGUUUUCUCCCCCAGUCAUGCAAUUCUUCGGUGGUAACGGCUGCUGCAGAAGCGGCCCUUAACAAACUCAAUGCAGAUCGCAGGGAAGGCUACGUUCUCAGCCUCCAGCGCAUUUUUGAUGCCCGCCAACUACCCCAGAGGAUUGCUGGUGCCCUUUUGUACCUCGUCUUGGAUGUGUUAGAAACUGAUUGCCAUGUCCGGAGCAGGAAGUUGUGGAAAGACUGCAACAUUAGACCGGCACACGAGACAGUCUAUGGCCAAUGCAAAGUAAUAACUCAUUUCAACAGGGAUUCAGAUCAUUCGGACUUGUACAGUUAUGACUGUGUUUUACACCCACAUUCUGAUCCUGCUAUUAGACGUUCUUGCCCUGACUGUCCAGUUCUCGGAAAACCUUCUGAAGCUGAUUUUCAGGAGACAGCAAAGGAGACCCUGGCCAAAUUCAAUGCUGAAAAUAACCAUAUUCAUUAUUUUACCAUUCUCAAGGUCACCAAAGCAAGUUCACAGUGGGUUGUUGGUCCUUCCUACUUUGUAGAAUACACCGUGCAGGAGACUUCCUGUCACAAAAGUCCACCUGUGUCUGACAUCACCAAAUGCCCUCUCCUCCCAUCUGAAACUGCGGAGGCAGGCCUAUGCAAAGGCUCUGUGGUAAACAGUCGAAUAGAAAAUCGGAAAUUUGUCACCGUAAAAUGCAAUUUCUUCCCGCAUCCGCCACCAGUUACAGCUGAACAGACUCCACAAUCUGGGUCGGAACCUGGGCAGGAGGAACACCAUGAUGAUGGUGAAAGACCCACAGAUCAUGGACACCAUCAUCAGCACUCCCAUCCCCACCAUCACGAACAUAAUGGACAUAAGCAGGACCACCAGGAGCCACACCAUCCUCACCCCUCAGCUGACAUCACUGAGACACUACCAGAGCAGAAGGAAACAGUGGGGCGGGUGAUAGUCUGUCCGUCAAGCGAGCAUGUCUCGCUCCACUCCUUACCAGAAGCUCAAGCAGAGCAGAUAGAUGAGAAACCGAUUCCUCCAGAAGUGCAGGAGCCAAAUCCAUCCGCUGACCUCAGUCUUGCUCCUCAGGAACAGAAACCCAGUACUCCCUCAGUCAAGCCAGCCAGGCCAGGCAUUCCUCCCUUCCCCAGUGGGUUUUCAGAAUCAGCUGAAUGUCCAGGAGACCUUGCAAUAGAGGUCUAUGGCCUUCAGCUGCCCCUACACCCACAGGCUGCAAGUUCCCAAACACUGAGUGAUGCAGAGCAUUGAAAGCUUAACACAGAGGAAACACAGCAAAGUCCUCCCCACCAGCAGGGAAAGGGAGGAAGGAAGGUUCUAGAGCUCUUUCCUUACAACAAAUGUCUGGCCAUUUGGAUAUGGACUGUAUUGGUAUCUGUGGGUGUACCAGAACAUCUCCCUGGCACCAAAGUUAACAACUAAAGAAAUCUCGGUAAUUGGGCUCCCUUUUCCUGUGCUCUUUGGUCUAAAUUAGGCACAGGAGUGGCAGCCCAAUUGUUAUCCAGACAUUCUCCUAUAUUCCCUUAAUUAUGGAAUUGGACCUGAGAGAAAAAGAGAGUUCAGAAUCAAUAUUCCUGUUUGAAUCAGGACUCACACUAAAAUUGAAAUUCUUCCUGAAAACCCAUUGCCCUUUUUAUGACAUUUUGUGCAUUUAAGAGGGAACACUUAGAAAGCUCAACAAAUUCUGUGCUGUUUAUAGAUCUUUACUACCAACAGAAGACAAGCUUCUCAAGUGUGUAAAUAACAUCAUAAGAGCCUCCCUUCCUCCUUCAUCACAGCAACUAGUUUUGUGCUCAAGGAAAUUUUAACAACACUCACUCAAUAAAAGACACCGUGUGGGA